GUACGUCUGUUAGCCUUUUUGGAUUCAUCAACGCACGGCUAAUCAGCUGAACAAGUGUUGUGGGGGGUGGACGAUGGCAAACUAAAAAAAAAACAGCUUAGUCUACUGCGAAGGGGAAAGACGAAUCUGAGAAGACUUUGGGAUUUUUUCCCUCUUCUGUUUUCUCCUUUUUCUCUUUUUAUAUUUUUCUUGGCUUAAUGUGCAUGUACUUCGGCAAUGGAGUCUUGUGAAAAUUGUUCAGUGGUAUUCAGCGUCGCCUUCCAAGGACAAUCAAUGGGGGAGCUGAGAGGAGAUCUUUUCCAAGCUGACUGGAUCCGUGCACCUGCUUAGCUGACUGGGCCUUACCUCUUGAACCAGUUUCUCUGAAUGCCGCUUCUCUCUGGAAUUAAUAGGGGCCAUUUUGUCAAAUCAGUUCACGAUCCACUUUACUUUUAUAAGCGAAAUAACUGAAAAUUCUGUGCAGUGAUCUUAGUGGGAAACAUGCGUGAACAGUGCUGGGGGUUUGCUUCAAAAUAAAGGAUUAUUCUAAGGACAACUCUGAGCUAAUGAGCACCAUCCUGCACUGUCGAUGGCAAACAGAUGCAGAGUCUUGCUCAAACCAGGGUAGGGCCACUGUUCUCCGUACCCCAGCCGAAUCCCCACGCGAUGUUGAAUUAUGAACGUGCCACAUCAUGAGUCUCUUUUGGCAGGUAACUGUGCACCGUGCCUGGAACGCAGCCCUGCUCUGUGCAGUCUACCUCAUAGUGCGAUCGUGGAGUGUGCGCGCAGCCCCCUCCGGACCACUGACCUGCCCUGGUGUUUGCUCCUGUGGUAACCAGUUCGUUAAGGUGGUGUGCACCAGGCGCAGCCUGGUUCGAGUGCCCCCAGGCAUUCCUGCCACCACACGGCAUUUAAACCUGAUGGAGAACAGCAUAGAGACAAUUGAAGCUGGCACCUUUCAACACCUCCGUCACCUGGAGGUGCUACAACUGGGUAGGAACUCUAUUCGGCAGAUCGAAGUGGGGGCCUUCAGCGGCCUCAACAGCCUCAACACACUGGAGCUAUUCGACAACCGAUUGACAGUGAUCCCAAGUGGUGCUUUUGAGUACUUGUCUAAACUGCGGGAAUUAUGGCUCAGGAACAACCCUAUCGAAAGCAUACCUUCCUACGCAUUCAACCGUGUUCCCUCUCUAAUGCGUCUGGAUCUGGGAGAGUCAAAGAAGCUGGAGUAUAUUUCUGAGGGAGCUUUUGAGGGAUUAUACAACUUGAAAUACUUAAACCUUGGAAUGUGUAACCUGCGGGAGAUGCCAGUCCUGACCCCUUUGGUAGGGCUGGAGGAGCUAGAGAUGUCUGAGAACUACUUCCCAGAGAUAAAACCUGGGUCCUUCAGGGGUUUGAAAUCCCUGAAAAAGCUGUGGAUUAUGAACUCUCGGAUCACAACCAUAGAGAGAAAUGCGUUUGAUGAUGUCACAGCCUUGGUUGAGCUCAACCUGGCUCAUAAUAACCUUAGCUCUUUGCCCCAUGACCUUUUCGCACCCUUGAGUUACCUGGUGGAACUCCAUUUGCACCACAACCCUUGGCGGUGCGACUGUGAUGUGGUGUGGCUGGCCUGGUGGCUGAGGGAGUACAUUCCCACUAAUUCCACCUGCUGUGGACGCUGCCACACCCCUGCUUACCUGCGUGGCCGCUACCUGGUAGAGGUGGACCAGAGCACAUUCCAGUGCUCAGCACCUUUCAUCCUGGAUGCCCCAAGGGAUCUUAACAUCUCCGCUGAACGUGUAGCUGAGCUGAAAUGUCGCACAGCCCCCAUGUCAUCAGUUAGGUGGCUCCUGCCAAAUGGAACAGUUUUGACCCAUGGCUCUAAUCACCCACGGAUAUCAGUGCUCAAUGACGGGACGCUAAACUUCUCCAAUGUGCUGCCAGCAGAUACAGGUGUGUACACCUGCAUGGUCACCAACAUGGCUGGCAACUCCAAUGCUUCAGCCUACCUGAAUGUGACUGCAGCUGAGCUCAACACUUCUAACCUGAGUUACUUCACUACGGUUACAGUGGAGGAAGUGGAGCCCACCUCACAGGAAGUGAUCAAGCCAAAGACGGUAACCGCCUCCCCCUCCGUCUUUCAGCCUGUUUUUAUCUCUACGCCGACCGUUUUACUUCAAACGCCUCGACAGGUCUCGGUGCCGACUGUACGCGUAACGACAAGCCCACCUGCCAGUCUUGACGAGGUCAUGAAGACAACCAAGAUCAUCAUUGGCUGCUUUGUGGCAGUCACCCUGCUUGCUGCCGUUAUGCUCAUAGCUUUCUACAAGCUGCGUAAACGGCACCAGCAAAGGAGCACGGUGGCAGCUGCUAGGACUAUAGAGGCCAUUCAGAUGGAUGAGAAUGUUCCUACCACCCAUGCAGGGACAGGUAUACCAGGUGAAAGUGGAAUGAUGUUACCUAGCCUGAGGGAUCACAACAGCACCUACAAACCCAGCUUCAGCUCCUACAGACCAGCACACUCUGCUCCCUGGCUAGACAUCAGUAACAACAUCAGUAACUCCCUGCUCCAUCCCCGCCCCACAACCAUCAGCACCAUCCCUGAACCCCACCUGAUCAAAACUCACACAAAGGAGAAGGUACAGGAAACACAGAUAUAACAUUCCUACCGCCUUCUCCUGCUCUGUCUUUUAUUCUGUUCAUCAUGAAAACAUGCAAUAGAAUGCACAACAGAAAAGACAGCAAUUACUUUUGUACCCAGUGCAAA